CGGUACCGCCCCUGGCGCUAGCUGAUUGGAUCCCCGGAGCGGGGCGUGGGUAGAUGAUUGGUGCAAUGACAAUAGAAGUAAAUAUUGAAUGACACGUGACUGCAGACAGACAAAGGACCAGCUGGCGUCACUGCUUUAGGAAGUGUACAAGGAUCACAUACCUGAUUAAGGUGAACACGGUACUAUGAGUCUCCAGGAACCAGCCCCGCUGACCCCCCAUGCCUCUGACACUGAUGCAACCCUAGACGGCAUUCUCACUGAAGACAAGAAAAAAUUCAAGACCUGCAGUCAAAUUGGCUUUUACAGGAGGCAGAAGCUUCUCCUUCCGGGCCAAUCACCAUAUUAUGCUGAUCUGGAAACAGUCAUAGUUGAUAAAGGUAUUACCACCCUGCAGAUCAUUAACCAGGACACAAAGGUUCCUCUUCAGCUUCAAAUCAUACCUUGUGAAAGCAUCUUCAGGCUUAAGAUCAAUGAGAUAUCUCCACUGAAACCAAGAUACGAGGUUCCUGAUGUCAUAGUGAAAGAUAUGGCUACUGAAAGGCUAAGCGUGUCACAGCGGGAAUCUGGCAGCAUUGUUUUGGAGAAUCCAAAUGGCCCUUACAAGAUACACAUCACAGCUCAGCCAUUUUCUGUCUCAGUAACUGCAGAUGACAAGCUUCUUCUUAGUCUUAAUUCCCAGGGAUUGUUAUAUUUUGAAUGUCUGGUUUCUCCACAAUCAAAAAGUGCAAUUUUAGAGAGUGACAGUGAUGUGACAAAGGAUGAGUAUGGACUUUGGAGAGAAAAGUUUGGGGAAUUUGUGGACAUUAAGGCCAGUGGUCCAACUUCUGUUGGCCUGGAUGUUUCACUACAUGGAUUUGAGUAUGUGUAUGGAUUGCCAGAACAUGCUGAUACACACCGACUCCAAAAUACAGAGGACAAUGACGCAUAUCGACUGUAUAACUUAGAUGUGUUUGCAUACAAAGUCUAUGAUAAGAUGGGAACAUAUGGAUCUGUGCCACUGCUCCUAGCACACAAACCCUUGCAGACAUGUGGGCUUUUCUGGCUCAAUGCUUCAGAGACACUGGUAGAAAUCAAUACGAGGGCAGUACCACAGUCUUCUUUGUCUAGGUCUGUCCCAGAUACACGCAAGCAGAGGGCCAUCCCACAGACAGAAGUUCGGUGGAUGUCUGAGAGUGGCAUUGUUGAUUUGUUCCUGUUAAUGGGACCUUCACCACAAGACGUGUUUAGACAAUAUGCUCAUCUCACAGGUUUCCAGGCUUUACCACCUCUGUUUUCCUUGGGUUACCACCAAUGUCGUUGGAACUAUGAGGAUGAAGCAGAUGUGGAAGCAGUGGAUUUGGGCUUUGAUCUAAACAAUAUCCCUUAUGAUGUCAUCUGGUUGGACAUUGAGCACACAGAUGGAAAAAGGUACUUUACGUGGGAUCCUGAAAGAUUCCGUAAUCCAACCAGGAUGCAGGAGCAGCUAAAACAGAAAAAACGCAAGCUGGUUGUCAUUUCAGAUCCCCAUAUUAAGGUAGAUCCAGACUAUAGCCUGUAUUCUCAAGCCAAGGCCAGAGGCUACUUUGUCAAGGACAGAGAUGGACAAGACUUUGAAGGCAACUGCUGGCCAGGCACAUCCUGUUACUUGGACUUUACAAAUCCUGCUGUACGAGACUGGUACGCAGCUCAAUAUGCACUUGAUUCCUAUAAAGAUUCUACAGAAGUCCUCUUUGUUUGGAAUGACAUGAAUGAACCCUCAGUGUUCGAAGCCCCAGAGAUGACCAUGCCAAAAAGUGCUGUGCAUUACAAAGGCUGUGAACACAGGGACCUUCAUAACCUCUAUGGUUUCUACCAGCAAAUGUCUACCUUCAAGGGUUUGAUACAGAGGUCAGCUGGACAGGAGAGACCCUUUGUCCUGACAAGGUCAUUCUUUGCUGGCUCACAGAGAUAUGGUGCAGUAUGGACUGGUGACAAUAAAGCAGACUGGGAAUACUUAAAAAUAUCAGUUCCAAUGCUGCUCACGCUAAAUGUAACUGGGAUUUCCUUCUGUGGAGCUGAUGUUGGAGGGUUUGUUGGAGACCCAGAACCAGAGCUCCUUAUUCGAUGGUACCAGGCCGGUGCCUUUCAGCCCUUUUUCCGAGCACAUGCCGUUCAGAACAGCAAAAGGCGUGAGCCCUGGCUGUUUGGAAAAGACAACAUUUUGCUGCUAAAGAGAGUGAUAGAGGAGAGAUAUACUCUACUUCCAUUCUGGUACCUGCUCUUUUACCAAGCCCAUGUGUCUGCCCAGCCAGUGAUGAGGCCUCUGUGGGUAGAAUUCCCCAAGCAUCCUGAAAGCUUUGGAGAAGAGACACAGUACAUGCUAGGAAGUGCCCUGCUGGUUGUGCCCGUGUUAGCUCCAGGUGUCUCUGCAUUGGAUGUUCUGUUUCCUGGGUCUGGAGAGCGCUGGUACAACUUUAGAAAAUACGAGUGUAUGAGGGGCCCUCACAGAAAGAAAAUAAAAGUUACAUUGGAUGAGAUUCCAGUGUUUCAGCGUGGAGGCUCAAUUAUUCCACUGCAUACAAGGGUUGGUAAAUCCACAGGCUGGAUGGAUGGUUUUCCUUACGAGCUGCGAGUAGCUCUGGAUUCAAAGGGCUUUGCUGAAGGGGAGCUGUUUUUGGAUGAUGGCCAUUCUUUCAACUAUAUCCGGGACAGCAUGUUCACUCACCGGAAGUUUGCACUCCAAAAAAAUGUGUUGUCAUCCAGUUCUGCUGACUCAAAGGGCAAAUAUCAAUCGGAGUCCAUUGUGGAGAGGGUGCAGUUAAUGGGUGUUAAGAAACAACCACUGGAAGUCAUUUUGCACAGUUCAGGAGUCAAGACAAAUGUGGCCUUCACCUACAGUGCCAAACUCUGUCUCCUGAGCCUGGAAUCCCUCUCCUUGUGUGUGUCCACUGACUGGGAGAUCCACAUCAGAGACAAAUGAAAACAACUUGGAACUCCCCAGUGCUCUAAUUACCCAGCUUAUGUUUCUGGCAGAUAUCAUUAAGCUUUUUAUACAGAUGAAUUUUAUAUGUGAUUUUAAUACAUGAGAUGAAGAGAAAUAUGAAUGACAGGUUGUGUGUAAUGUAUAAAUCACUCUGUACCUUGUCAAGCCUAGAUAAUCUAUACAUUGGAUUGUCGGCAGUCACAUGUUAACAGCACCAUCUUGCAAUUACCGUCAUGGACUGCAUUAUACACACAAACACACUUAUAUUCUGUAUGUGUAAAAUUACGGAGCGCAUUUCUGUCAUAAGCCUUCUUUUACAUUGCAAGCAUGGAAGGCCCUGCUCACUACUCCCAAAUGUUUUUUUAUUUCAGCUUCUCUAAUCUGCUGCAUUUUACUCUUCCCUCUUUUAUGUGAUUUUUAUAUUGAUAUAGUUAUUCUGAUUAGAACAAUUAAAAAUAAAAUCUUAAAAAUGAAAAGAGCCCUAACCUACCCUAAAGGUAAACCAAUUUGGCAAUUAAUGUGCCUGUGUAUGGGGGCUUCCGACGGGUCUUCCCGAUCGAUAUCUGGCCACGAUGGUCGGAGCCCGUUGCUCCUCGUUGUAAUCCAAUCGUUCGGCCCUAGGGCUGAAUGUUCAGAUUACCCUGAUAUAGCCCUGCCAUGGUGGGCAUAUCAGAAAGAUCCGCGAUGUUGCCAAACGAGCAUAUAUCUUCGUGUAUGGCCAGCUUUAGGCCUUUGAUUCACAGUGUGUUUUUCAAUAAGGCCUCACCUAGUAUUAAAAUCAACCCCUGUGCCUCACCUCAUUGAUACAUGGCAAUACAAUCACAAUUAGGGCAAUGGCACACAGGGAGAUAUUGUCUCUCGAGGUAAAAAUUCACUACUGUAACUGCUACUGAAAAUGCUUUCCCACCAGCAAUAAUGUAAAUCACUUUGUUUUCUGAAGUAGCCCAAAGCCUCCUCCCGUGGCUACUUCAUGCGACCUGGGAAAGCCGAAGAUUCAUGUUUUCCCUCUGGUAAUUUACAUUAUUGCCAGUAGGAAAGCAUUUUCGGGAGAUUUGCCACCCACAGUAGCAAAGAUUUAACCCCCCAUGUGCCAUCACCCUUAGGCAUGAAGGGGAACAGCUCUUCUUCACUUUUUGAUGUUCCAAUAUUUCAUGCUCUUUGCCCCUCCUUUAGCUAGGGUAAGAACACACUGUACAUAUUGUUACCUAUGCAAAAUCGCCUGAAAGGAUGUGAAAACAUCCCAAUGUACCUUUUUAUUGGCAGAAUUGGGAAUCUCCUUGUCUAAACCAGUUGUAUUGUGAUAAAACUGAGUUAGACUCAGAGAUUUACUGGUAUUUGUGUGCGAUAUUGCAAGGACAACAAAACAUAAUGUGUGUUCUUACACUUACAGUGCCCUGGUGUUCAUUAUAGUUGUUAUUAUUUUCAGUUGGUGUUCAUCAUUAUAGUGCUACUUUUGCAAUACUGCUUGUACAUAGGCCUGCAUAAGAAUUCUUCUGGUACCCUGAAUGCCUGAACCUGUAGAGGUUACAAGAUUAGUUUUGUGUCUGGGGCAAGUGUCCUCUGUAGUUUCCUUGUGAGGCAACUUUGAUAAACAAAAAUGAAGUACUGCGUGUGUUCUCCAACCAACGAUCUACUUUAUUGCAGCCGGUGGAAAAGCAUUUCAGAGAGAGAGAUGAAAGCACAGAUUUAAAUGCAGGCGACAAAUCUCCCAUCUGUCAUGACCUGGGCCAUCAUCAGGUUGGGAGAGAGGGGUUACUGUUGUGCUGGGCCCGGUGAAAUUUCUAUCUGAUAGGGUGCCCGGCUGUGUCACAAAAGUGCUUAAGUUACGUUAAAACAUAAACAAUUUACAAAACGUCCGCAAAACGUACUUACAUGUAAGUUAUGUAUCAAGCAGCGGCAAUGCAGAGAAGCUUAAAGGAGAACUUAAUCCCCCUAUUGUGAAAAGCCCCUUCCACUACACUAUAGCAGGGUCCCCAUACUUUUUUCACCUGUGAGCAACAUUCAGAUUUAAAAAGAGUUGGGGAGCAACACAAGCAUGGAAAAUGUUCCUAGGUGGUGCGAAAUAAGGACAGCCUACAGGAGACUCUGGUUG